GGGGGAUUUAAUGGCCUUGGGCGUUGUUUUUCGCAUGUUUGGUCGUGAAUUUGUGGUAAUUUCACUAUAAUUCGUUGCAAAUAUGAUUCAGAUCAUUCAGAUAAGUCAAGAUAAAUUUCUGUGAACGAGAAAUCAAGGAUCAGCACCAUGAACAUCAUGAAGAAGUUCUGGGGCUCUGGCGGCUCAGCCCCGGAGGAUGCCGUCAUGAGCCAGCAGAUCGCGCUCAGCCUCACCCACUUGCGGAAGCUGUAUGCCGAGUACGUCAGACCGCCACAGCCGCUGACGGAGCCGGAGAGGGAGGCUAAGCUCUACAGUAUGCUGCCUCUCUUCUGCAAGGUAUUUGCCGGCUCCUCUGGCCAGGAGAUCUGGGACCGGUUCCCUCAGUGCGUCCAGCUCAGCGAGUUUGCCACGAAGCUGAUGGUUACGGAGAUCAGACGGCGGGCGUUCAACGAGAACACAGCGCUGGCUAGCUGUGAGAUCAUCAGUUACUUGGAGAUGGGCAGUGCAGAGGAGUCCUCCAACGGCUGGAUGCUGCUCAACACUCUGAACCUGCUCAGCUCGGCCGGACCCACCGUUGUACAGUCGAUGGUAGCCGCAGCUCUGCCCUCCACGCUGGUCAAGUGUCUGUACCUGUUCUUCGACCUGCCCGAGCUGGGUACCGACGUGGCGGCCGGCACGGAAAUCACCCCGCAGGAGAGCAGGAACCUUCUGCAGAAGGUGUUUGUUCAGCUGAUGAGCCGUCUCUGUACGAGUCCCUGCGCGGCCGACGAGCUGGCCCGACGGGACGACCUCAGUCUGCUCUUCUCGGCAAUGACGUCAUCAUGUCCGGCCCAUAACGUCAGCUGGCGGAAGUCUGCCAGCGAGGUGCUGAUGGGUCUGAGCAGGAGCGGUCUCAGCCAGAACACCAUCAACUAUAUACAUAAUAACGGCUGCGUCAGUCUGUGCGUGGACAACAUGCGUGCGGCGGAUGACCUGCCGCCCCUGGAGACGGUCGAGAUGUUCGUCAGCCUCUUCUGCUUCCUCAAGGACUCUGCGGACGUGUCACAGGUGCUGCUGGCAGACCUCCGCUCCAGCCAGGGCUACAUCUUCCUCGGAGAGUUCCUGCUCAAACUGGAGCAGGACUCGGCGCCCGAGUCGACGGACGCCGCCCGUAACCUGGUGCUCCUGCUGGCCUCGCUGGCUAUGUGUGGCCACACCGAGCUACAGCCGUCCCAGGCGGCCGCCGGCACCCCGUUCAAACUGUCCGGUUUCUCCGUGCCGCAGCCAUCCGGUCUCGGCACCAGCGUGCGGAACGUGCACGCGUUCCAGGUGCUGCAGACGGUGUUCCUGCGCGCGACCUCCUCCUCCCUGUGCUGUGUCAUCCUGGACACCAUCUCCAGUGUCUACCACGCCGACCGAGCCAACUACUUCAUACUGGAGAGCCAGCACACCAUAUCGCAGUUCGCCGAGAAGAUACAUCAGAAACCCAAAGAGGCGCAGGACAAGUUUUUCCAGCUGCUGGAGCUGGUGGUAUUCCAGCUGAACUACGUGCCCGUCAAAGAGCUCAUCUCCUGCAGUAUUCUGCUCAAGCAGCACUGCUCCGUAGACUGCAGCCUGCGCUGCAUGGAGUCUCUCCUCAGCAUUCUCAGGUUCAGCCCCCUAUUCAAGGACGUGUACCGCGAGGUGGGCAUUCUGGAGGUGCUCGUCCAGUGUCUGGCGCGGUACGCCGACAUUCUCAAGUCGAGAAGACAAAGUGAGGAGGAUGGAGACGAGUACGACCUGCCGGGCCCGCAGUCGGCGCUGGGCCGGCGGACCAUGGAGACCUUCACCGUCCUGCUGGCCGGCAGCGCCGCCAACGCGGCCGUGUUCAGAGAGUCGGGCGGAUCGCAGCGCGUUCAUGAGAUGCUGGUGUACCCUGACUGUUCGCAACAGGCGCUCGGCAUUCUGCAGCAGCUGAUGCUAUGCGCUGGGGGCGAGAGCGAGAUGGGCAGCCUCCUAGCACUCAUGGAGAACGCGCCCUUCUCUCAGAUCGGCCUCAAGAUCGAUAUCCUCAAGUGCGUGCUGGCGUGUCUGCGCGACUCGCACCGCAGUCGGACCAUGUUUCGCCGCGUCGGAGGCUUUGUCUACGUCAUGGCCGUGCUCGUAUCGCUGGAGGGAUGUAUGGCAGAGACGCCGGAGCCGCCCUGGGACUCUGUGCCGCGCCAGACCAUGCUGAGUCUGGUGCACGGAGCGUUCAACACACUGACAAUGGCCAUGAGAUAUGAGCCGGCCAACGCUAAGUUCUUCCAACUGGAGAUCUGCAGUACCAGCCUCCUUGACACGGUGCGCCUCCUGGGCUGUUUCGGAGGCGGCUAUCAACUGGCCCCCAUCGAUUUCUCCUAUGAACACACCGAGGAGCACACCUUCCAGAGUAUCUUCGCGUCUGACGUCACUUCCGGCAGCCUGCCGCCAAACGUACCCAUCAGUCUGAGCUACGCCUGCCUGACACUGCGACUUCUCUACGAUAUGGCGCUGGACAGCUUCGACAAGCCGGCCAUGGCGGCAGCCGUGUCCUCGGGAGGAGCGAGGCGGCAGGAGGAACAGCAGGAGUCGGCCGGGACGGGGAAACGUCGAGCGCCUACCGGUCUGAACCUGUCCCCGCCGCCCCCGGAGCCGAUGAUAGUCCACGCCGGCGUGGUGGUGGAGCUGCUACACCUUUUGCCGGCCAUCCACCACCCCCAGCAGCGGCAGAUGGCGGUCACACUGCAGGUCUACCUGGCCGAGAUCCUCAAGUCGCUGAUGCGCAGUGAGCGGAAUCAGCAGGUCAUGUGUGACGCUGGCUUCCCGUGCGAGCUCCUCUCGACGUGUCGUCUGGCACUGGAGGAUGAGAACCAUUUGCUGCACCCGGCCAUACAGUAUAUGCUGGAGAGACUGGCCGCGCAGACCCUGGAGCCCCGGGAUCUCAGAUCGUUCCUGCGCCUGGGCAACCCGCUGAUGUGUGCUCCCGUGGACGAGCCACCGACUCCCGACUCGGGCGGGCCCGUGUCGCUGACUCGAGUCAAAACACUCGUCUCCAUGACAACGCCGCGCGACUGUCGACACGGAGGCGCGGCGAUUCUGCCGCCGUUUGUGGAGUUUGACAUGUCGGUAGAGGGGUUCGGCUGUCUGUUUCUGCCCUCGCUGGCGCCGCAGUGUCUCAGUGUCGGAGAUACGUCAGUGCUGGGCGGUAUCGGCACGGGCGACCGCGUGUUCCCGCCGGCCACUGGACUGACCUAUUCGACAUGGUUCAACGUGGAGCGUUAUUCCAACUCGCGGGCCGACCCGCACUGCGUCCGGCUGCUGACACUGGUGCGCCACCCGCACGGCCGAGAUCAGCAGCUGAUUUGUCUGACCGUCGUCCUCUCGGCAAGAGACAAGGCGCUCAUCAUAUCAACACGCGAGACGGAGAUGCCGCAUCAUGGCGCGUACGACUGGGAGCCCGACUGUCGCGGCGACACCAGUCUGCGCGUCUGGUGCCCGGACCUGCUGGAGGAGAACCAGUGGCACCACCUGCUGGUGACUCUCAACCGAGCCGUGCUCAAACACUCUGCCUGCGCCGUCUACAUAGACGGAAAACAGGUGGCCAAUCAGAAGCUCCACUACGUCAGUCAGAACCCGGGCGGCGGGGCAGCCAACCUGACCUCCAGCGCCGCCGUGUACGGGUUUAUCGGCACCCCUCCGCAGUGGCGGCGACACUCCAAGCUGGUGUGGAAACAGGGCGCCUGUCUGCUGGUGGAGGAAGCCCUGCCGCCCGCCGUGGUGGGCACCGUGUACCGGCUCGGUCCCAACUACCUGGGCACGCUGCAGGCACCCUUCAUCAACGGGGAAUGUUGCUCCGCUCUGAUUCCCGAGGAGCGUGUUAUGCUCGGUCUGAACGCAGUCGCCACCAGUCAGCUGACUCUCGCCAAGAUCCGCAAGGUGUACAGCAAGGCGGACAACAGGAGCAUCGCCAAGCAGCUGGGCAUGUCAUCGCACGAGAACGCCACGCCGAUCCGCAUUCUACACAACGCCGGGGGGCACCUGAGCGGGCCGGCCCGAACUCUGGGCGGAGUGGUGAUCGGAUACCUGGGUGUGCGCGUGUUCUGCGCCCGACCAGUGGCACGUAUGGUGGAGAAUGUGGGCAGUACAAGUCUGGUGCUCGGACUGAUCGCCAUGGCAGCAGACGUGGAGGGGCUGUAUGCCGGAGUCAAGGCGCUCACCUGUGUGGUCAAGACCAACAAAGCUGUGCGCCUGGAGAUGGACCGCUGUCACGGCUACCAGCUGCUGGCCAUGCUGCUCAAGCAGAAGCGGUCGCUGCUCAACUCGCACAUCCUGCACCUGGUGUUUGGACUGGUGGGGACGGUGGACGCCCGGAGAGAGACGGGAGCCAUACCCAACGUGGCGGCCUUCACCGAGCUGCUCUGCGAUCUCACCAUUUGGAACGAAGCUCCGUGCGAGCUGAGCCGAUCACUGUACGAGCAUCUCCUGGAGCUGGUGACGGAGGCGACUGAGGCACGUGCCAACCUGGCCAUCAUUAGGGACAUCAACAUGACUACCAGACUGUUACAGACACUGCGCGACUGUCCGCUGCCGCGUGCCACUCAGCUAGUGGUGCUCAAACUGCUCUCCGUGCUGCUCAUGAACUCCCCGCGGCGCAGCGACGUGGUCAUUUUCGGCCAGUUUCUGGCCGGCUCUCUUCCCGCUCCGGGCGCUCCGGAGUCCGGACUGGAGCUGACCGGCCCGGAGGCGUCGGACGGCUCCCCGGAGACUGCGGCCGCCUGUCAGACAAUCCUCCUGCGGAACAAGUGUCUGCAGAUCGUGGCUAACGUGGCGGAGCAGGACGCCGUGGCCGACCCGGCGCGGCUGGACGAGUGGAUGACCCUGCUGGGGUACGACUGGCUGCUGCUCUUCCUGCAGGGCCACCUGCACCAGACGACGGUCGUGUUGGCCACACAGCUCCUGUUCACGCUGCUGUGCUCGCCGCCGCUUCUGGCCCGGUUCAGGGAGGGCGGCUGUACGGGUGGCUGGGCUCAGCAGACGGAGAGCGUCAUCAAGUCUCGGCUGGGGGCGGUGCUAGGCUACCACAUGGGUGAGAGUAUCUCCAGCCCCAGCGGCAGCGGCGGCGGAGCGGGCGCCGGCGCCGGACCCGGUCCCGGCCGGCAGGACACGGGAGCAGAGUCGGCACUUCAGGUGCCGGGCUUCCAGCAGCUCAGCUGGCUGCUGCCCAAACACACCGAGCUGGCCGAAAUCAGCUUCAUGCUGCUGCAGCUGCUGCUGGGGCAGCCGGUGCGCGCGCCUCCGCCUCAUACACUGCUGACCCUGGAUACGAUCUGGCUGUACGUGUGCGGAAUCGACCCGGCCUCCGGGGGCAGGCUGCCCAGUCGACUGUGUGUCAUCCCCGAGGCUCUUACUUGUCUUCUGGAGAUGGUCCGUGCUCACCUCAACUACGAAAGCGGCUCAGAGCAGCCACUGACGCUGCUGCAGUUCGUGCUCUACCUCUACCACCACUGCACGGAGAUGCGGCCCGUGCUGAUGUCGGUGGAGGUUCUGACAGUUCUGGCCGGUACCCUGUUCCCGUACAGAGCGGGGACGGAGAGCAGUCCCACGACCCCACUGGAUGACACGAUGGGUCUGGGUGACGCGGUGCUGGUGAGCGGCGCCGAGGCCUCUGACGCCAUGCUGACGUCCCACCCGGCCAGUAAAUACGUGCUGGAUCUGCUGAGAAUUGUCACCGUCGACUCUCUAUCACUGGCACCGAGCAAGACGGCGCCGCCGCUGGUGGAUAUUCUGCUGGAGGUGACCCCGGAGAGCACCACGCUGGCUCAGCAGAUGUCCUUCCAGACCAAGAUUCUCUCGCUGCUCAUGGAUCAUCUCACAGCAGCCGACGUACUCAUCGGAGAACAAGCCGCUCUGCCCAUUUCGCCGGGAGGCAGCGUCCAGAACGUCCCCGGAAACGUGUUCUACUUCGCCGGCAGACUGGUGGACAAACUCUGGCAAGGCAUCUUCAAGCGUGACGCCCACGAGGUACUCGACUUCAUUAUCAAGCUGAUCGGUCAGGCUCGCCGCUGGUCCCAGACUCUCCCUUUGGACAGCGUGUACCACUGCCUGAACCGGGCGGUGCUGUAUAUCCUCAGUCGUCCCACAGACUCCGUGGGCGAGCAGCUGAGGGUUCUGGAGGCGCUGCACACGCUCACCAAUCAUAGGAGUCUUGUGUUCGGCUCCGGGAACCACGACUCGGAGUUUUUCGGCGCGCUCGUCUACUGCCUGCUGCAACUGACAGGAGGGCUGAAAAUCAUCACCGAGGCUGAAUCGCGGACAGUAUGGCACGCCAUCCCCUCGACUCUGGACCCGGAGACGAACCCCAACACGGCACAGGGACAUAACCUGAUGGCCAACGCGGCCCGCAGGGUGUGGUCCGAGCUCUACAUAUGGAAACGGCCCGCAGUGGAGGAGGUGUUCAAAGUGAGUCUUCCACUGGAAAACAACACGGCGCCAGAUCUGGACACUGUCCGCGCCAGCCUCCAGGACCCGGCCACCCGGCUCUGGGUGGCAUUUCUGGAGGGAGAGAAGAAGUGCUCCUACCGCCCGCCCUGGGAGAUCCAGGCGCAGCUCCAGACUGUCAGCAGCAAGCUGCAGCGUGUGACGGGCGGCCUGAGCCGGCUGGCGCAGCGCACCCGCUCCCGGCGCGAGGACUUUGUGCGCGCCCGACCCUCGCCGCUGACUCCGGCAGAGGUGGAGCUCUGGACUCUGCAGCACAUCGCUGGAGUCAGGGAGUCGGUGGUGACUCAGUUCAGACAGUUCAAACAGAGCCAGAAGUACAUGGAGGACUUUAUAAUGGACGAGUGGCUGCGAAUGGAGCGAGAGCUGACCAGAGAGAGGGGCCUGUGGGGGCCCGAGGUGGCCAGCAGUCUGGACAAGUGGCAGCUGGACACUACUGAGGGUCCGUGCCGGAUGAGAAAGAGAACAGUCAGUGAUGUCACGUUCUACCAGCGCUAUCCGUAUAGACCCGACCUGGAGACCGUGGUACAGCGCGGCGCGGCCAAAUACAAGGUGCCCGUGUGUCGGGACGCGCGCGCCUGGUCGCAGCAGCCACGCCGCCGCUCCCUGCUGGGGAGGACGGAGGCCGGACGGACGGCGGCCGCUGUCGAUACCAUGUCUAUGACGGAGGAGGAGGGCGCCGACUGUGCCGAUAUUGGAGAGAAGCUCAGACAGGCUGGUCUGCGCGGCAGUCUGCGUCGCCGCCGACUCACCUCAGACCCAGACGAGGAGCCCGAGUCAUUAGACCUGCCAGAUUCGGCCACCGACGGGCCGGCGGGCGGCGAGAGACAGCCGUCGGCAGAUGUGGAGGAUACCAGUCCCGAUAACCAGACGCUCCUACGGCUGCUGGAGCAUGGAGAGAAGAUAUCGCACAUGUACCGGUGCGCGCGCAUCCAGGGCCUGGACACGGUGGAGGGCCUGCUGCUGUUCGGAAGGGACCACGUGUACGUGGUGGACGGCUUCACCAUGCUCAAGACCAGGGAGAUCAGGGACAUCGGUAACCUGCCGGCCAACAUGCACGAUCCGAUCGUACCGUGCCAGCCGACCGGCCGCCGGGUAAAGGACGUCCGAUCCGUCUCCAAGGUGGCCUACGACGACAUCCGGGAGGUGCUCAAACGCAGGUACCUGCUGCAGCCCAUCGCGGUGGAGUUCUUCUCAGCGGACGGACGGAACUACCUGCUGGCCUUCCCCAUCAAAACCAGAAACAAAAUCUAUCAGAGACUACAGUCGGUGGCCACCUCAAUGGCGGACACCCAGGAGAGUGUAGCCGGUCAGAAGACGUCGGCCAACGUGGAUCAGAGCGGCGGCCUGCUCAGCAGUCUGAUGGGGGAGACCAGCGUAACGCAACGAUGGGUG